AUGGAGUCAAUAUCAAGAAUCUCUGGCCUCUUGGAGGCUGCAAGGGAACUCACCCUCGAUGCCGCCCAGGCCACGCGCGGCGUCCGCACAAGCUCCAAGCUGCUGGACCGUAACCAGAUGCGAAAGCUGCUCGACAGCCGCAACGAGAGGGAGGUGCUGGAGGGACUGCGGCGUGUCAUAGCGAUGAUGUACCGUAACCACAAGACCUUGCCCUUCUUUUCAUCCGUCGUCAAAAACGUCGCCUCGCCCAAUUUCGAAAUCAAAAAGCUCGUUUACAUCUACCUCAUCCACCAUGCCGAGCAGGAGCCCGACCUCGCCCUGCUUUCCAUCAACACGAUCCAAAAGUCGCUCUCCGAUACGAACCCUCAGGUCCGAGCUCUCGCACUGAAAACCAUGUCUGGCAUCCGCGUGCCAGUCAUCAGCCAGAUUGUGUCGCUUGCCAUCAAGAAGGGCGUGGCCGACAUGAGCCCUCUGGUGCGCAAGGCCGCUGCUCUUUCGAUCCCCAAAUGCUACCGGUUGGACCCCAGCCAGUCUCCUCAGCUUCUGGAAUAUUUAGCAACGCUGUUGGGUGAUAAGCAGUACUACGUUGCUGGUGCUGCUGUGUCGGCCUUCUUAGAGAUUUGCCCCGAACGGAUUGAUAUGAUACACAAGCAUUACCGUGGCUUGGUCAAGAAGAUUGUGGACAUGGACGAAUGGAGCCAGCUGGCUACGCUCAAGCUCAUGACGUACUAUGCACGAAAAUGCUUCCCUCGGCGGACUCAACCGGCGGCUACAUCCGAAACCGAAACUCCCCAAACGCAGACCCAAAAUAACAACAACAUCGAUGAUUUCUACGGAGAGUCAAGCUCUUCCAAGCCCACUACCUACUCAACUUCGGUAGACCCUGAUUUGACCCUGCUGCUGAAUGGCAUCAGGCCUCUUCUGCAGAGUCGAAACUCGGGUGUUGUCGUUGCUGUCACAAGGUGUUACAUAGACGUCGGCACUCCAGAAUACGUAAAGCACGCUAUAGGUCCAUUGGUCGCCCUCCUGAGAGGGGCACAGGACAUACAGCAAAUCGCUUUAUACAAUAUUGUUUCCGUUUGUCUUGUGCGUCCACUUGACUUUGUCAAGUAUGCAAGCCACUUUUUGGUCAGAUCGACAGAUAGCGCACCGAUCUGGGAGCUGAAGCUUGAAGUGCUGGCACUCAUCUUCCCACACAGCCCGGUCCAUGUCAAGAGUCUCAUCCUGAAGGAGCUGGAGCACUUUUCGCAAGGAUCCAAUAAGGCUCUUGUACGCGAAGCAGUCCGAGCCAUUGGCCGCUGCGCACAGGCGGAUGCAGCCACAGCGCCUAGGUGUUUGAAGCUGCUCCUAAGCCAGAUCACCAGCUUAGACGGAACCUUGGCUGCAGAGUCGCUGACGGUCAUUCGGCACCUCAUCCAGCAGGAUGCAGAGGCGCAUGCGGGGACGGCGAGAGCGACCAUUAUCUGGUUGGUAGGCGAGUUUUCUGGCCUUAACGGGGAAGACAACAUCGCGCCGGACGUUUUUCGCAUUCUCCUCAAGGACUUUGCCAGCGAAUCGGAGGCUGCAAAGCGCCAGAUAUUGCUUCUUGGCGCGAAAGUUUAUCUUCACCAUCUGAAUCGUCAAAGCGAAGCAGAAAAGAAUAGAGUAGGAGAAGAAGACCCUCCCCUGGAGGUAGAGAAGCACCCCAUCGAAAGAUUGUGGGACUACGUCCUGCUCCUUGUGAGAUAUGAUGUCUCGUUUGAUCUGCGAGACCGAGCCCGCAUGUAUCGUGCCGUGCUUUCUGUGCCGCAGCUUGCUACGCUGAUGCUCCUUGCGCCAAAGCCCGCUCCCCAAGCGCCCAGUCCAUCCGAAUCGAGAAAAGGAUUCCUGUUGGGCUCUUCGACUCUUGUCUUGGCUGGAGGUGGCGGUCUGCAUGGCCUCAGGGGAUACGAAACACUGCCUGAUUGGGUCGAGCCUGGCAAGGAGCCCGAUCCACGGUUACGCGAAGCAGAAAAGGACGCUACGGCAGCACGCUAUGACAGCGAGAGAUCUACGGUAUCGGCGGCUGACAAACUUGACGAGAUUGUUAGAUCGGCACCAGUUAGCAAGUCAAACGGUGCUGGGGAGAGUCUAAGGACGAAGACUUUGGAUGAUUGGCUGGCUGAAGAGGAGGAGGAGGAAGAGGAGGAAGAGGAAGAGAGUGAAGAGGAAGAAAGCGAGGAGGAAGAGUCCGAGGAGGAAGAAGAUGAUGAGGAAGAAGAGGAAGAAGACAGUGAUGAUGACGGAGAAACAGAUAGACUAGUCAAGUCAUGA